CAGCGAGCUGAGCAACACGGCUGGAGUCCCGCGCAUGCGCUCCGGCCGCGCACCGGGGCUGCCCGCCGUGGCGGCGGGGCGCGGGCAGGGCCGCCGGCCCGGGGCGCGGACAGCUCAUCCUCUUGCCACAAACAUCCCUGCUCCAUUCUUGAUCUCCAAAACAGCAGAACUGGUUGGCAUGGUCACAGUUAUCCCUGCUGGAGUGGAUCAGGCACCUUGGACAAGGUCACACUGAGAGGAGACACAAAGUGAAUUUUUCUAUUCUGAGGACGUGUUGGUAGAGGGACACUUUGUUGUGUUCUCUCUUUCAUUCUUACUGCUCCUGCUUUGUACCAUUUGCUGAUCCAUGUUUACUUGAAGGGCACAGCUGGGCUAUGGAUUUGGCAUCUCAGUGAACAGGGCUUUCCUAAGUGUCUCUCUGAAGCUCUGUGCCUUACCAUGAUGAUCCUACACAUGCUUUGCACAAACUGAGAUGCUUUACUUAUAAUCCAGAUCCUUCUGAAGAACCUUGUGAAACAGCUGAGGUCCCUGGAGAGAAAACAUGCUCUGCUGAAUGUGAAUGAAGUGUGGAAGAAUGAACUGUUGGAAGUGCCCACUCUGUCUGGUGAGCUCAUUGGAGUCUGGAGAAUGGACAUCUCUGAGGUGCUGGAAGGGCUGAUGCAAAUCUGAACUGAUUCUGGUGCUUCCCCCUGCCCUCCAGCCCUCACAGUGUUGCUGGAAAGCCAAUGGAUGAACAGGACAAUGAUUUCAAAGAGUUGUGGGCAAAUAUUUUGAGUGGGGCAAAGAAAAAGGCUGGGGAUGCUGAGGCAACAAAGACGGUUCAGAACAGGCCAAAGAGCACCACAGCACGAAGCAAAUUGAGAAGAGGCAAAGCUGCUGCUAAGAGCCAAACCCUUCAUCACUCACCAGCAGCGAAGGAGAAAAACUUCCUUCAGAAUCUGGGCCCAAAGGAGCAAACGUUGGUGCAUGAGGAUGGUGAUGCUGCAGCCUGUAGUGGUGAGGCUGCACAGGGAGAUGGAGCAAGGAGCCCUCUCCCUGCCAGCCAGCUGAGCACAGGGACCUCUGAGGGAAGCCAGAGAUCUCUGACAGUAAAUCCUCUGAGUGACUCUUCCCAGACCACCUUACCCUUCCUUCCUGCUACUCCUCCAGGAUCCUGCUCCUCACCCACCCCCAAGGUGAGGGUGGCAGAGCUGGUGGUGGAGAGAAUGCAGCAGUUCAAGAGGGUGGCACCCGAGCAGCUGAAGCUCAGCUCGGAUGGGAGCGCGCCAAAGGCUGCAGCCAGCUGGGAUUUCCCUGCCAGGAGCCAGGAGCAGGAGCCUCCUGAGGAUGAUACCCAGCAGCUCCCAUCCCUGGAACAGGACAGUGCCCUGGCUUUGGCUCUCCAGCAGGAAUGCAAGGAGGGAGCCCUGGCAAGCCUGGAGGAUGCAGGUUUGUUCUUCUGUCAGAUCUGCCAGAAGGAUCUCACAGCCAUGAACAGCCUGCGGCGAGAGCAGCACGUCAACAGGUGUCUGGAUGAGAUGGAAGAAGCCCAGGUGUCAUCCUGCAGCAAACCAGUGGUCCCUGAGUGUCCCAUCUGUGGGAAGCAGUUCCAAACCCCCCAGAGCAGAGUCAGCCACCUGAAACGCUGUGCUGUGGAGAUGGAGGUGCCUCCUAACCUGCUGCUCCAGGCUGUGCAGCUGCAGGUGGCCACUCUUGGUGAUGCAGCUCUUCAGUGUCCCAGCAAUCAGCCCAGCAGGGCAAAGAGGAAAGGCCCCUCCAACGAGGACCUGAGGAAAACACAGAAGAGGGCCAAAAUGGAGCCUAAGGAUGAAGAUCUGCAGGUUGCCAUGGCAAUGUCACGCUCUCUGUUGGAGCAAGAAAAGCAGGAGCAAGCAAAAUCAGUUACAAAUGUGAAAGCAGUGGCUGCUUUCCCAAUCAAAUGGAAGCCAGGAUCAGAGAAAAAGAGGCGUAGGAAAGGCACCAGUGCCCCUCCACCUCUGCUGCUCCAGGACCCAGAGAAGGUCCACAAGAGGAUCCAGGAGAGAGUAGCCAUGAUGCUGACAGAAGAGGUGGAGUUCCCUCCCACCCCUCAGCUGCCCAUCAGUAGGAUUCUGGAGGAUGACUCUGGAGCAGCAGCCUGGCUCAUGCCAUUGUGCAAAGCCAAGAAAUGCUUUUUGUGGAACAUCAGUGCUCUGACAGGCCCCUGUGACCCUGAAUCAUUCUACACUGCAGCCUUGAGCCCUCCAAUUGAACCCUGGAAGCCUGUGCAGAAUAAGCCAGAGAACCUUCAGCCAUCAGUGGGAUCUCAUCAGCCACAAAUAUCCCAGCAAACUCAGCCUGACCUCAGUUCUCAGGAAACCACUUGCACAAAGGUUGGAGGCCAAACUUCUGAUGGAUCCAAGCCAGUUCCUGAAGGAGAUGGGCAGCUUUUGUCCCCAAGCCAGGACAUUCAGACCCUGCAGGACCUGGUGGACUUGGCCAGGGAAGGACUCACCCUUACCCAGUGGAACCUUGACACUGGCCGGGUUCAGGCAGCAGAGCAGCCAGGAGAAGAACUGACUUCCAGUGAUCCCCCACUUAGUGGCUUUGUGCCCCCAUCCAAGAAGAAGAGCCUCCUCAGGAGCAGCACUAAAUCCUCUCUGGGGCUGCUGGCUCAAGAUUUUGGUGCCAUGGUCAACAACCCCCACCUGAGUGAUGUGCAGUUCCAGGUGGACAGCGGCGAGGUUCUCUACGCUCACCUGUUCGUGCUGUACGCGCGGUGCCCGGCGGCGGCCCAGGCUGUGAAUAAUGAAGGAGUUCUUGUGUUGGUGGGAGACGGGCGGCCGAUGACGGGCCUUGCUGAGCGAUUGUCAGCCAGCGUGGCCGCCUUCCUGCGCUACCUCUACGCUGCUGACACCAACUUCCCUGCUGGGCUGCGGCCCCAGCUGCAGGCCCUGGCUGCCAGGUUUGGUGUGAGGGAACUGAUGGCAGAGUGUGAAAGCAGCACUGGAGAGAGCCAGGUGUCCUCUGGAGGGGAUUCAGAAGAUGAUCUUAUCUCUGUGAGGGAUGAUGAAGAUUGUGAGGACAGAGCUGAGAACUUCCAAGACCUCUUGAAGUCAGUGUGGGUGGGUGAAGAUGAGGAAGAAGCAGCUAUGCUGAGCCCUGAGUGCCAGAAGGAAGAUGACAGUGAGGUGGGAGAGCAAGAGCUGGAGGAAAUCUAUGAGUUUGCUGCAACUCAGAGGAAGAUGGCUCAGGGUGAAAGAGAGGUGAGCGAGGGAACAGACUGCAGCAUGUGCAGUGACACUGAGGCAGUCCAGGGUACAAACCAGCAAACUGGGCAGGAGGAGGUAAAGAGACCUGAAUCUGCCUCAGUAAGCAACAGCCUCGAAGAUCUGAGGGAUGGCAACGGUGAGGAAAGAUCUAAAUGUGACUUGUCUGUCCAAGAAAAGAUGCAGAAUGUAAAUAGGUGCAAGAGCAUGAAUGAUCCACAGACCUCUAUUGUGCCUCACCACAGUGAACCUCAGAAAUGGGAUGGAACCUCCCAUGGUGCUAAUGAAGGAGUGGCUGUUGAGGGAUGUGAGGAUGUGAAGGAUUCCAGGUCACCUCAGGUCUCACAUGACAAGGCAGAUCACUGUGAAGAGCACUUUCCUGCUUUCCAGGGUGACACUGAUAUAAAUGACAGCUAUGAACAUUUGUUUUCUGCCUCUCAGGGGUAUCACUGUGAACCUUCCCCAGUGAAAGAAGUUACCAAAGAAUCAGGAAAGUCCCCUAGUGAAAAACAUGUUGGUCUUAAUGAUUCAUUUGUGUUCAGCAAGUCACAAAAAGACUUCUCUCCAUGUAAGAAUGGAUUUUGUAGAAGUCCAACUCCCCAGCCUUGUGUGUCCCUUUUUCCUGCUCUUGGCUCUUCACCUGCAUCUCCAAAAUCAGAGAGAAAGUUUGCCAGGGAACAUGUGUCAACACCAAAGCAAAACAAAAAGGAAAAAUCAUUCCCAUCUGAUGAAAUACACUCCCAGAAAGCCAAGGAGCUGGGUGCUGCAUCCAAAAAUGAGAUCACAGUUUCUCCAGCAGAGCUUCCUCACAGUGAAUCCAACAAGCACACACAUGUCCCAGUGUUGUCAUCACCAGGCAGGACUCAGGAUGCUGCAGCUCACAGAAUCAAGAAGGGUUAUGUUAUUGUUUUAUCUUCUUCUGAUGAUGAUGAAAUGGAGUUAGAACAAGGCAAGAAGUUGCCAGAGUCUGACUCUGCUCUGAAGGAAAUGGAAGUCCCUGGGCACCUGAAGUGUACAGACAUGGAACAAGGUCCUGAGAUAGCAAAACCUGCCCAUAACUCAUCCGUCCCUGAAACAGAGCAGAGAUCAGCCCAGGUCUCAUGUGGCAAUACAGACACAGUGUGUGUAACUGGUGAUGUAAAGGUGUGCCCUGAAUUUCCUCUCAGCAGACAAACAGGUGCUUGUACAGAGAUCAAACAGAGUCCAAACCUGAGCCCUGGGAAGAGGCUCAGUAAUGAAAUGUCUCCAGGCACAGACAGCUCCUGGCUUGUGCCAGGAACACCAGUUCUGAGCAAAAGCAGAAGCUUCUCAACACAGACUCUGGUCACAAGUAUUAAUUCUUUAAAGGGUUCAGGAUCUAAACUCAGCACAAGGAACUUUGCAGCAGGUUAUAAUGACCAUGAAGUGGCUGGAAAUUUAAUAAAAGUUCAUGAAACAACAUUGUCAGACAAACAUUUGCCUGUGGAGGACUUGGCCAAUGGAAGGAGCCCACCCAGCAGCCCAGCAGCAGAAUCCUCUUCCAAGAACCCCCUUCCAGUUUCUCCAGCAGCUCCAGUUCUCCUCUCCCCUGGCCACACCAGCAGGGAAGGCAAAUGUGCCAACAUCUCAGGUUUACCCACACUGGUGCCUCCGUGCCAGGAGCAGCCACUGGAAGAUAAAAUCAACGUCAGUGUGGUUGAGCUGGAGGACAGUGACAGGGAAGUCAGCCUGCCUUCCCUGGGCAGCAGUGUCCUGCUGUGUGAGGAGCCCCCAAUCCCUGUGGAUGACUGCUGGCACCUUGGGUAUGUGUCCCCAGCCAGAGGUGACAGCCACAGCUCUGGCCAGGUCAGCCCUGCAAAGAGCAGCACGGGCAGCAGCCCCAGGCCUGGCUCCUGGCAGGAGCAGGGGGAGAGCCCAGUGCAGGUGCAGGGAAUGCAGGGCAGCACCCCUGUCCAAGGAGGUCCUGCUGGCAGGAGAAGAACCUUGCAGUGCCCUGAGAAGAGCCCUAUUGAGCCAUGCUCCUCAGUGGGCAGCAGAGCCAGUUACCUGGACUCCAAAAUCUGGGAUGACUGGAAUGGAGAAGAGAAGGAAGAUGAACUUCCAGAGAUUCUUCCUCUGUCUCAGAGGUUGGCAGCUGCAGCAGGGGCUGGUCAGACAGAUCCUGUCAAGACUCCUGAACCUUCCUGUCAGGAGAACAACAGGUCCCCCAGCACUCCAGUGACACCCAUGCCAGCUUAUUCCAUCAUGGAGACCCCGCAGCUGAAGAAGGAGCUGAGCAGAUUCGGGGUCCGUGCUCUCCCAAAGCGCCAGAUGGUGUUGAAGCUGAAGGAGAUAUUCCAGUACACUCACCAGGAUGGCGACUCUGACUUUGAGGAUGAGAUCUCCUAUUCCCAGCCCCUGCCCCAGAAGUCCCCAAGGCAGCCCAAGGCAGGCAGGGCUGGGGGCAGGAACCGUGCCGGUGCCCCGAGGGCUGGGGGCAAGAGAAAGCAGCUUGCCAAGGGUGAUGGUGCCCAUGGAACAGGCUGUGCCCCACCCAAGGACAGAACCAAAGUGACACAUCACCCAGAAGGAGCCAAAGAGCAGGAAGGGCCAUCUGAGUCCCUGGCAGCUGAUGGUGAGGAGCUCCCAGCAUCCCAGGAGUCAGCACGUUCUUCGCUGGAUGGGAGUGACAUCUCCUUUGGUUCACAGAGCUCCUUUGUGAAUGGAUUUGAAACCUGUGCUUUUACAUCUGAGGAGGAGGAAGAGGAGUUUCCAGCAUCUCAAGCAGCAGCUCGGGAGGAGGAGAAGCUGGAGGCAGUCAGGUGCUACAUCCGCUCAAACACGGCCCUGUACAACAGGAUUCUGUUCUACGAGCCCAUCGAGCUGGCUGAUCUGCACACAGAGCUCAAACAGAAUGGCAUUAAAAUCUCCAAGGCAAAGCUGCUGGACUUCCUGGAUUCUCAGUGCAUCACAACCACCAUGGCCAGAGCCCGGAAAGAGCAGGUGCAGAAAAGGAAGGAGAGCAGGAAACAGAGGAGGAGAUACCGAGUGAAGCCCAGCCCGACCUGCUGAACCUCCUGCCCGUGGAUUGCUGCCCAGCUGGUGGAGCACUGCUGCUCCUGGUGGCCUGAUCCCAGGUGACAUCCUGGAGAGCUCCCAUUGCCAGCCCUCUGCUCCGAGUGCACAAACUCCCCAUGGCUGCCCUGCCUUCAGCACACAGCUCACCUGCAACCUCUUUUCACUCAGUUUGACUCUUGUGCCUUUUCUUUCUGUUUUUCCAAUAGAUCUUAGGUCCCCAACUUCUCUUUGUGCUGGUGCUUCCCUCAGUGCCAGGACCUGUUGCCUGGAUUUGGGCUGAGAAAUUCUUCACCCUUCACAUUCCAGGAUUCAGUCCACUCUGUCAAGUGCUGCCUGUUUACACUCCUGUGACUUCCAUCUUCACUUCUUCAGCACAGUUUGCACUGCUGAUUUUUAAGGCACGGAAUGCUGUGGAAAUACAUAAAAGGCUUUUCUUCUUGCUUCACUUGGCCAUCUCUACUAAAACUCCUAAAUCUGUGUUUCUGAAAUGGCUGCAGAACAGGGCAGGGGUUUGUUCUGUUCCCUUGGUGACACCUCCCAAAAGUGCCCCUGAUACCUCAUGUCAUGGGAGAGCCCCCAGCAGGGAUGUCUUUAAGGAAAUAUGUAAGCAGUUUUGAGCACUGGAACUCUUCAGCACUUCUCACAGCUUGAGCUAAACCCACUGCCUGGAUUAGUCCCAUUACCAAACUGGACUGGUCCCAGUUGUAAAGUGUCUGGGACUCCUGGAGAAGUCUUGGACCCUAAAUUGUUGUAUUUUAUAUAUUGAAUAUUUACCUUCAAAACAACUUCUGACUUCUGUCUGUUCUGGCAGUUCUGAGUGUGCAAAGGCUCACUGAAAAAUAGGGACAGAACACAAAAAGAGGGCAGAUUUCUAGAUAUCUUUGUGUAUGUUGGACAUAAUUUUUUUAUACAGAAUUUGAUUUUGAUUUAUAUUAUAUACAAUAAACAAUUUAAAUCCUG